AUUUGGUCACUUUCAUUGGAAUAAAAAUUCCUCCGAAAAACAAGCUGUGAGGAUGGCUUUGAUGGCCGAAUCUCCCGUGAAUGUUGUCCUAAUGAUUUGAUUCCUGUAUCAUGCUAAAGGUAAACAUGCGUCAAUUCGAUGUUUACGUGCGAUCAAUUUCGUACAAAAGCGAGCAACAGAAAACCGAUGUACAUUUCAAUUGCAAACAAAAUAGCACUCUGGUGGGUGUGUAAGCAGGAUGUGCUUGCAAAGUCAUCUUAGUGGAUUUGUUUGGUCAUUUUCGGCUUGAAAUGUUUGAUAAAAAUGAAAAAAAAUUUGGUUGUCAUGUACAUAAAUCUGUUUGCCCGUCAUAGACAGCCGCCAGAUGCCUAAUCGGAUUCUAUUCGUAUUCGUAGUUGUUCAUUGCUCAUUUCAUUGAAAUUAAAUUAAUGAUUUACCUAAGUAAAUGACAAAAAAAAAAGAAAUUAAAAGGUAAUUUUUUUUAGAUGUAAAAGAAAUUGCAAUCAAAAGGCCAACGUACUAAGCGACCAAAGGAAAACAAUUUUCCCGCACCAACGGCGGCAGUUAUCGAAGUUCAUUCCGAUCGCGAUGAACACACCGUCCCCGAAUUUAUCGUUCGUAUUCGAGGUUCAGUAUACUCGCUGGUCGGUUUGGCUGCUGCGGUUGAUGUUUGUCCGUUUAGUGUGCUCGUGACUUUGCACCCGGACGGACUUUUCCAGGUUCAAUCCGAUAGUCGAACCAAACGAUAAAGUGACUUUGCUACGGUUCCGGCCGUUCCAUGGCACAGUGCCGGUCUACGGUAACUCGUUUACUGUCCGGGUGCGGGUAUAGAAUUUCACUGUGGUGCGAUAAUUGUUCGAAAGGAGGCAAUCCCUCAUACUAAACAGCGAGGUGGAGGCAGUUCAAUAUCAAUUGGCGGGCUUAAUUAAUGAAAUCGUGUCCGGUUGGGAAAUGGUGUAACGGGGCCCGUACCCAUAAGCGUGUGUAAUAAGGCAGCUGGAGACGGCCAGUGCCAGUGCGCUCGGUGUUCACUUAACCCUCAUCGGGUGAUUCGGUUAGAGCCUUGGCUGGUUCUGCUGCAGUGCCACUGCUCAGUUGAAGAUCAGUUGCUUCAGUGUAAUAUUUGUGCGUGUGUGGGCGUGGGUGUGUGUGUGUGUGGGUGUAUGUGGCCAUAUGUGCUGCUGUAGUAAUGUACAAGGUUUCCUCUGCCUGCACACGUCCCAAAACAACGACGAUUGGGCUUUUGUGAGACUACUACUACCGGUUGGAUACGGGCUGUGUGUCCGCUAGCAUAGAGCGAGAUGGUUGGUCCGGUACAGAGCCAAAUUAUCACCCCGAUGCUAAUUUACAGUGCCAGCGGAGUGAGUUUUUUAUAGAUGAAAUUGAAUACGACAAAAAAAAAUGUCACAAAUAUUUCCUCCGGGCGUAGUCUUCUUCGCGAGCAGCAUCUAGAUCGACGUCUCUAUUGUUCCACUGGUGUCUGUCGUCGUGGCUAGCAGCUAAGUGUGUUUCCAGCACUGUAAAUGUGGAUGUAAAUGCGUGUGCUUAAGUCGUGAUUGUGCCCCGUUGAUACGAGGCUUGGUGUUUGGCGCGAACAUUUGUCCUUCGACACAAGCGAAAGCAAACAUCGGCUCAGACUGGGCCCCCGGUGCUGGGGUUUUUGUUUGCACGUAUCGUGCGAUCAUGAUCUAAUUUAAGGUUUGCAAAUCGUCUGCCAAAGCGGUGCGGGCCACCGCGAAACACGAGCCACUUGACAUGAAAUAAGUAAAUAAAAACCCAUACACAUCUUCAGAUGGUUUUUUUGGUGUAAUUUAGAAGGUUUUUUUAUUGUGUUACGCGCGACCACAGCAAGGCGCGAACUGAUGGACAACGCGUUGGCUGCAGUCUUCACAGGUAUUGCAGGACGCACGGAAUUGCGCCUCGGUACGGAUCCCUUCCGGUGUGUGCCGGUGUAACGCACCAACCAACACAAAACAACAAAAAAAAAACUAUGACAAUCAAAUUUGACCGCUUCUGGUUCGACGCUGGUGUAAACGCGCAAAGUUAUCGACAGACGGCCGGCUUGCUGGUCGGUGUAUUUGAGAACGAAAUCACGUGAAGCGAUUGCCUUCGAUCAACCGCAACCGCGUUGUUGGUUGUCCACGCUGUUUUUCUUUCUUGCCCGACAAUGGUAGCCGAUUUCCGCUUACAAAUCCCUUGAGCUUUUUUUGGGUGCGUGCAAACCACCAAACCGUUGGUGAAGGUUGAAAGUGAACACAGUGUAUACACGGGCGGAAAGUAAACGUUUCCGGCCAACAUCCGGCACUCGGAGCUAUUUUGAAAGUGUAAAAGAAAAUAAUGACAGUGCGCUUGGACCGUGCUGGGAGACAGUAUCACCGUACGGUGGGUGUUUGGUUGUGGUCAGUCGGUAUCCUGCUGGCAGGAAGUCGCCUACUGGCGGUGGUGGAAACUACCGCAAGUGUUGCGGUUACGACGCACGCCAAUGUGAUCAUCCCGGUCGGCGGAAAGCUGGUAUCGGUGAUGCCGGACGGAACCGGUGACGCUAGUAACAACAAUGCGUCAGUCCUGCUGGACAUCGGCAAUGGCACGUACAGGCAACAGGCGCGUGAAGAACCGGCACCGGAUGGGUUGGAAACGGGCACGGUGCCGGUGAUAGAGCUGAAACGGGGCCAAUGCCGUUGCUGGAAUUCGACCGAGGAAGCGUUGGGUGAGGUACAGUGCCGUUGCCUCGGGCAAUCGAUAGUGCGUGUGCCACAGAAGCUGACCGGCAUGCAACGGUUGACGCUGGAAAAGGUUGGCAUCAAGCGGUUGCGUACCAACGCGCUGACGGUGUAUGCGGACACGUUGCAGGAUCUGUUCUUCAUCUACCUGCGGGAAUUUCAUCGCAUCGAACCGGCCGCCUUCUCACGGUUACGCCACCUUCGUACGCUCUACAUUGCACACGCACCAAAGCUCGAAUUUCUACCCGCGGAUGUGUUUGAAGGAAUUUCGAUGAAGCUGAAAACGUUGAGGAUUAUACACAGCGGACUGCUCGCCGUGCCUGACCUGCGCGUUCUCUCCGACCACAUAAUCAUGCAUAUGGUUGAUUUGGAUGGAAAUCAGAUUCGCGAAAUUUACGAACGAUCGAUACAACUGAAGACUGACGAGCUAAUUCUCGACAAUAAUGCCCUGACGGAAAUACACGGAUCGGCAUUCCACGGAUCGGAAAUAGCGAAACUGAGUAUUAAAAUGAACUACAAGUUGAAAGAAAUCCAUGAAAAAGCGUUCGUGGGUAUAAAUAACAUAAGAGAGCUCGAUCUGUCCGGGACUGCUAUUGAAGAACUACCUACGGAGGGUUUGUCAGAGCUGGAAACACUACGCAUACAGCAUACACACUCACUGAAAACUAUUCCAUCGGUGUACAACUUUAAGAACCUGCGGACCGCCUACCUGACACAUUCGUUUCACUGCUGUGCAUUUAAGUUCCCGGCCCGUCACGACCCGGACGCCCACGAGCGCAAUCUGAAGAAGUUCUACGAAGUGCAGCAUCGGUGCAUCGCGAACGGAUAUUCAACGCCACACUUCAAGCUGGAGGUACCAUCCAGUGCGGAAACACCGCUCGUGCUCGAUGGUGAUGGUGCCGACAGUGGGUUAGAGCGAAGCAAUCGUAAUCGUCGUUCGCCAGACUUUCGCAGCUGGUUCCGGCUGACGGCGAGUGAUGAGACCGAGGAACGGCCGGCUAGAACGGAAUUGUUGCAGAAGGGUAUCGAUUUGUCGGAUAAAAGGAUGGGUGAGAUAGUGGACGAUUCCUACCUGCUGCCUAUUACUGGGCAUCCGGUGGAUGAUGCGGGCGAUCAAACGAUGGGCGGUGGACUGUACACGGAAAAUCCACUUUUGGGCGAGUUCCACGAGACGGUAGCACAAAUUUCUUCGAUGGAGGCAUUGUGUGGUAAUUUAACGCCAAUGAUCUUGGAUGUAAAGUGUUAUCCAAUGCCGGACGCAUUAAACCCAUGCGAAGACGUCAUGGGAUCCCAUUGGCUACGGGGAUCGGUGUGGGUGGUGGUGCUGCUAGCCGUAUUUGGCAACGUGGCAGUGGUUGUCGUUCUAUUCUCCAACCGUAGCGAUCUGACAGUGCCAAAGUUCCUGAUCUGCAAUUUAGCAUUUGCUGACCUUUGCAUGGGUCUAUACUUGCUCUUGAUCGCUUCGAUCGAUGCACACUCUAUGGGUGAAUACUUUAACUAUGCGUUCGAUUGGCAGUACGGUGUUGGGUGUAAGGUGGCCGGUUUUCUGACCGUCUUCGCCAGCCACUUGUCGAUCUUUACGCUCACGAUCGUUACGCUCGAGCGAUGGUUUGCGAUCACCCAUGCGAUCUAUUUGAAUCGGCGCAUCAAACUGUCAGCGGCCAUGUACAUCAUGAUCGUUGGCUGGAUGUAUGCAAUCACGAUGGCAUCGAUGCCACUGUUUGGCAUCAGUAACUAUUCGUCCACCUCGAUCUGUCUGCCGAUGGAGGCACGGGAUAGUUUGGACAUUGCCUAUCUGCUUACGGUGCUGGUCGUGAAUGGUUGUGGUUUUGUCGUGAUCGUUGUUUGCUACGCCCAGAUUUAUUUGUCUCUGGGCAAGGAAACGCGUCAGGCAGCUCGUACCGCACACAGCGGUGAGAUGACGGUUGCGAAAAAGAUGGCCUUGUUGGUGUUUACCAACUUUGCCUGCUGGGCACCGAUUGCAUUCUUUGGACUAACAGCGAUCGCCGGCUAUCCACUGAUUGGUGUUAGCAAGUCGAAAAUUUUGCUAGUAUUUUUCUAUCCCCUCAACUCGUGUGCCAACCCGUACCUUUACGCUAUCUUAACUGUCCAAUAUCGGAAAGAUCUCUUUUCCCUGCUCGCAAACUACGGUCUCUGCACGCAACGGGCACAACAGUACAAAAUGACCUAUUCGAUGCCCACCAACACAUUCCAGGUUGCACCAGCACGAGGUUCCGUGAACUACAACAGCAGCAACAAUGGAACUCUGACGUCGGCGGCCGGCAUGGCAUUGGCCAGCACCAUCAAUACGGACACGAUCACCACCACCAUUACGUGCGGCAGUGUGGUACUGAGCUCGAACGGUAACCCUGCCAAUGGGGCUGCGACCGGUGGAGCAAGCACAACCAAUGGGACGAACGCGAACGGGACGAACGUCAGAUCCAGUGUCGUGGAGGACGAAACAUUUCUCUGAGUGGCGUUGCUGUAAUUGACAAUACCGAACGGUUCGCGUUCUCAACCAACGUGUGUGCUCUCUCUCUCUCUUUAUCUGUUACAGUCGGUCCGAGUCCGAGUGUGGAAGGAUUUAGCCAAGGUAAGAAGUUGAGCUUCUUAUCCAUAUAAAGCUGAUUCGUACAGAGAAUCACUGGGGACAAUAGUGAAACAAGAAUUGAAAGAAUUGAAUAUUGCAUGUACGACUAUGUAUGUAUAUGUGUUUGUGUGAGGAUGUGUAUGCUGUGUUCCAAACAAAUAUGUGGCAAACAAAAAAAAACGAAAGAAAUUAGAUAAGAAAAGAAAUAAUGUAACUCAAACAUGUAACGGAUAUUUUUCUGAAAAAACUGAUCAGAGUGGUAAUUAUUUUUAUACGAAAAGGCUGCUAUUGAAAAAGACAUGCUCAGUAAAAGAGUUAAAUGAGUUGUAAAAAAUAUUAUAGACGUGAUUAAAUCUACCAUCCGUGCCAAGCAGGGCGGUGAGAAAAUUGCACAAAAUUUCAUUUAUUCGUAUUGUAAAGAAAUAUCGACAAUUUAAAACUCACAGACAGAUACAUGCAGAUAAAUGCAGGUUCAUGUUUAUUGCUGGCUAAUUUAAAAUUACAAUAUUACAACAGAACAUUUGUGGUACGUGGUACUUACAUUUUAUGUACGUUAAAUUAACUUUACCGUCAUAUUCCAUUGCUUUUCAAACAAUUGAUGUGUAAAAUAAAACAUGUACUGAUAUGAAAAUAUAUAAAACUAUCGUUUUAUUCUGACACUGAAUUGGUGAAGUAAAGAAAAAAUAUUGUAAAAUGUUUAUUUUAACCGAGUAUGCCCGGGAUAAGGCACGAACACAAGGAGGAAAUGCCUUGUGAAAAUUGUACAUAGUUUGAGGCCUUUCGAGGUUGACAAUACGGCUAAAGGCCGAAAUAAUUAAACAUAAAUAAAGAAAAUUAAUUGUUUGUUUUAUUUUUU